GCAAAGUCAGCUGCUAAAGAUGUAUUUAGUGGUGGUAAAGGCGAAGAAGGUACUAUAAAUCCCUUUUCUUUUUUAUCGCUAACAAAACGUACAUCAGUUAAAGAAACAAAAUGUUGAUUACACUGAGUAACACACGUUCUUUGGCAAAGCAGGGGUCACUCAAGAGUUUUUUUUAUUAUCUCCUAAACAGAAGAAAAAAGAUCUAAAGAGUUUUGAGACUGGUAUGCCAAAAGCAAAAGUAGGAAGGGUAGGCAAGAAUGUGUUCAUCGGUUCUUGUUUCUUCAAGCGAUUUUGAGUUGCAGAAAAGAAGCCCUAAUAAAUUUAGGCUGAAACGCGAUUCGAAUCUGUGCCUCCCACAUAAUAAUUGGCCGGGCCACCUUUAAUUGAGUUCGAAGCCACAUUUUGAGAACAAGGCAAAUUCUGGUGUAUUCUUCGUUCCUGUGGCAGAAUCUCAUCCCAAUUUUAAUGAAACAAAUUUUUUAUUUGCAUAGGAAGUUUUCAAAAAGCCGGAAAGUUCGUCUUGUCCUCUAAACUGUGGGAGCACUCCACUCCAUCCAAAACAUGCGAUGUACUCAUCACAUUUCCCAAAGGGACAGAGGACUACACGGUAAUGUGGCUGCUAUCGAGACUGCGAGCCAGAGUACCAGAUGUCGACGUCCAUGUCCGUCAAAUGGCACACUCACCAGUCUACGGUUUCUAUCUAACUUCCUCUUUUGAAGUCUUCCUUCAAAAAGCCGAGGAACUGGGACUGAAGAAAAAGCUACGCACAGGUGGAAUCACGGAUUUUAAGUACGACGAACGAGAUAGUUUUGAGAAUUCAGAUGAUCCCACGGUGUUCUUUAAAUCCGGAGAGAGGCAGAGUAUGAUCUUGGAAAUGGUAAACGACCUAAGAGCCGUGGAGGGAGACGAGCUGGGAAAGAUUAAGUUUGUGGAGGGGCAGCAGAUCGGUAUGAAAAUUUGUAUUCUUAAAAAAAUGAAGAGCCAGGGAAAAAAUGAUCAAAGGCAUUUAUCUAACAUCUUAUAGAGCAAUUUCCAACUCAAUUUCAAUUUCAUUUUGAUCAUUUCUACCAGUCGGAUUAUUCAGUGGUCGAACAAUGGGAAAUUUUUUUAGAUAUCCUCAUACAGUCUGUUCUCGUUUAAUUUAAUGGAUGUUCAGUGCCCACUAAACCUCUGUUCGUUCAAAAUACUUUUUAAAACUCAGUACCAAAGCUGCAGGCGGAGGGCGUUGUGGAGAAGAUGUUUCCUCUACAUAACUCAGAUGAUCUAGCCAAACUGAGGAAAUCCUGGGUCUCUGCUUUCUUCAAGAAGCAACCUCUGGGUGAGUAAUGUAAAAUUCAACAGUUUCUUUAUUUUUCAGAAUGAACACUCAUUAAACUCAAAACAAUUUGUUUUAAGCUUUUUUCUUGAGAUCUCCCACCUAGGUGCCCAGCCAAUCGGUAAGACAGAUCAGGGCUUGGAAUUGUUUCCUAUCCUUUGUCAAUUGGUGAUAUAAGUUUAAAGCUUAGGGCGUGCUAUUAUUUCUUUAGCCCGGCGUUAUGAAAUUGGUUCUUUUGAUGUUAAGUGCUCAGAAACUGUGUUUUUCUUACAUUUUCAGACGAUAUUUGCGAGUAUUUUGGUGUCAAAAUCGCCAUGUACUUCGCCUGGCUGGGAAUGUAUACCAAGUGGUUGAUAGCACCCGCAGUUCUUGGUAUUAUAACCUUUAUCCUGUCCAACAGGGGUGAGGUAACACGAGACUGGUGCAUCUUGUUUUUCAACAUCUUCAACAUCGUGUGGGCUACGCUCUUUCUAGAAGCCUGGAAACGAAAGAGUGCUGAACUUGCGUACAAGUGGGGAACUAUGGACAUGCCAUCGGAUGCUCUCAAGGAACCAAGACCCCUUUUUAGGGUGUGGUUUUUGUUGCAUGCCACAUUGAUCUCUUUCUCUUAGACAUAAUAAAACCACUGGAAUCUCAGUACAGAUCCUACUUUCAAGAUGUGCCGUGCAUUGAUUUUGUUACUUCAAUAAUGUUUCAGUCCAGGUUACUCCACAGUCGAGUUAAGAGACCAGUCAAAAAUUUAUCCCCUGGGUGGUGGGAGUGUAGAGGAUCACAUAGCUUCAAGGGGGAGCGGAGUGGAAUCAGUCGCCGCCAGUAGAGCAUAAAGGGAGGACUAUUGAAAAUUGACUGUCAAUUAACUGCCUAACUGAAUUCGAAAGCAUGCGAGACGAAGGUUCAAGUUCUCCGUAUCCGUUUUGUUACACGACACUCCGUUUUGUUUUACAAUAUUCCACUUUUUGCAGUUACUAAGAGGUUGUUUAUUUCCAACGUACAUGUCUUGCUUCUUCCAUACAGGGUGAUUUCCAACCAAGUGAAAUAACUGGACGUAUAGAAGCACACUACCCUUCUUGGAAACGAAACAUCUUCCGCUACUGCGUAUCACUGCCAAUCAUUCUCACGUCUCUGGGCGUGGUACUGGUCACCAUGCUGUUGUGUUUUGAGUUUCAGAGGUGGGUGGACGGUAUGGAGAAUCCUCCUAAGCCACUAAAGUUUGCUCCAAAGAUCGCCCUGGCGGUCUGUAUUGGCAUGUUAGACGACAAUUAUAAGAAAGUGGCUUAUCAUUUGAACGAUAAAGGUGAGUUAAGAUUUCAGCUACAGUCAAACCCCUAUCAAGUGGCCUUCUAGAUCAAAGUCAGUGAUUCGCUUUUACAAAGUUACGCAAACCAUAGAUCUGGGACGAGCCUACUGCUCUUUUUUUAAACUCAUUUCACUGAAAAAUUGGACACUUGUUUAACUGGCAGGACUGGAUGAACAUCAAAUAGGGUUUUCAACCAUGAGGUGUAAAUUGCGCGAUGAAUUUUGGUUUCUAGUUUACCUUUUUCUCCGUGAAACGCUAAAUAUUAGCAUUUUUAACGGUAGAUCUCGGCAACUAUGUUGUCAAAAAGCUCAUUCCUGACUCUUAAACGUGUUACUACUGACUAUAGGUUUGACCUGUAACUCUUAUCACGUAGGAAAGGGAUAUAAGAUUAAUAAUUCCACAGCGUUGCCAAAGUCUGAGCACGGAAUUUAAAAAACUUUAUUACGAGGAACGCAACUCACCAAAGAAAGAUCUAAGUCCCACUUGCCUUUAUCGUAUUGAUUUUCAGUGACGGAGGCAAAUCACUUACCUCUUUUACGCACGACUUAACCUUGUGAGAAUAUUUACACGUCUGAAACAGAAGAAAACACCACAUUUGAUUCGAUGGUGUCUAAUGGCACUAAUGAAAUUAAUCUAAUGCCGAGUGAAUGGCUGAUUUACUUUAAGAUUGGAAGAAAAUACGCAAAAGCUCUGAAUGCUGUUAAAAAGAUUUUAACGAUAAAUUUCUCAAUUAUAAGGUUCAUGUUCUAUUCACAGAGAACUAUCGACUACAAGAGACAUAUGAAAACCACUUGAUUAUCAAGCUUGUCUCGGUGAGUGUUUUUUUUUUAAAAUAACUUCUUCUCUGAAGCUGACCGAAAGCUAAGUCAUUAGAUGCAACAUCUCACGCUAAAAAUUUUCCUUUUUUCACUCAUUAUUUUCUUGCAGUUCCAGUUCUUCAACGCCUUCUUGGCACUGUUCUACAUCGCCUUCUACCUCCGAGACAUGGACAGGCUGAAAACCGUAAGCAAAUAUUAUCUAAUCCUAACUAUACAAACGUAUUUAACUAAAGACAAUAGAAAGUGUCUUUUUUUUUCAAAAUGAUUUAGAAUGUCUCUGUUGAAAGCUCUUUUGCUCUAAAAUACUCAAAGGGUCGUGCCGAGCUUUGUAUUAGUUCUUAGGAAACGUAGAGAAAACAUUUAAUUUUUUUCAAUUCUAGCAACUUGCAGCGUUGCUCAUCACUAAACAAGUGGUUGGAAACGUCAAGGAAGCUUUGGUUCCAUUUGUGAAACAAAAGGUGAAGGAGUGGAAACUAAAGAAGGAGGAAGCUAAGGCGAAAAAGGAGCUGGAACAAAAGGAAGGAAAAGAUAAGGGGGCAGCUGAUAAGAAGUCAGAUAAACCUAAGGAAUUGGACUCGCCACUGAUGAAUCAGGCUGAAAUCGAGAGUACCAUGGCAGAAUAUGAGGUAACAAGAGUUCAAACGAACACUUUCUUUGUGCGGCGCUUUAUAUUUGUCAUGACAUUUACUUUGAAUUCAUUGAAGUAAUGGUCCGGGAAUUAGGGUCUAAACAUUAAAAAGCAUUAUGUAGUGUAAAAAGAGGUCAGGAUACAUUUUAUCUUUUGUUAUCAGGUUAUCGUGUACUUCCUCUCCGAAGAACACUUUAUCAUUCCUAACUCUGCGCACUAGGAAUGUCCGUUUUGUACAUCUGUUCAUAGAUUUCUCUUCCUAAUUAGAUAGUCAUGUUUGUUGGUCAUUAUGAAAUCUUAAAAUUUUUCGCACUUUGCUUCCCUCAGGACACGUUCGAGGACUACUUGGAGAUGUUCAUACAGUUUGGCUAUGUGGUUCUGUUCUCUUCUGCUUUUCCUCUUGCUGCCUUGUGCGCUCUUCUUAACAACAUCAUAGAAAUCAGAAGCGAUGCUUUUAAACUGUGUACCAAUCUUCGUCGACCGUUCGGAGAGCGAGUAGAAAACAUUGGCACGUGGCAGGUAACUUUUUCGCUCUCGUGAAUCAGGCUUCCUUACAUUGAUUUCAUUGCAUUAUAGCAUUUUGUCACUUCUCAAUGUUCAAAUAAAAUGUUAAAUUAGUUAAAUGAUCAUUAUCCUGAAAAGUAUCAUGAGUCAGAGCAUUUUUAUCGUAGGAUCCUAUAUAAAUCAAACUCUUUUCCUACAAUUCAUCUGAUGUCUUUCUCUCAUAGGAUGCAAUGGAAGUCAUGGGAGUGGUGGCAGUAAUGGUCAACCUGGCUUUACUUGGCAUGGGCGGCUCAGUUCAGCGGAUGUUCCCCAACAUGACAGUCACUGAAAGGAUCAUUCUCAUCGUUGUGCUUGAGGUCAGCCCAGAGUUUGAGCUCUUUCCCCAAUAUCUCCCUCUGCCUUUUUAUUUUCCUUCCUUCUCAUAAUUCUCUCUCCUCCACUACUCUUUAGCAGUCAGUUAAGACCAUUUUGUUGCACCGUGCAACUUUCCCAUCUCUCCCUAUGUCCCUCUGCCUAACAAUUUCCUUUCUCCAAUCAAAAGGCCUUACAGUAUGAUGGUAGAACUUCUUGAAUUAAAAAAAAUAGAAAUUGAAUUUAUUUUAUUGCAGCAUCUUGUUCUUGGGAUCAAGUUUGCGGUUGCUUACGCCAUUCCUGACAUUCCAGAAUGGGUGGAAAAUGAAAUAGCCAAGAUGGAAUUCCAGCGGAGAGAAGCUCUGAAGGUA